AUGUCGGAUGUUGACAGCGACGAGGAAUUAAACAGAGCCAUUGCACUUUCGUUACAGGAGUCCUCACCACCCACCAAAAGAGGUUUGAAUGAAGUCAUAGACCUUGUCAGCGAUGAGGAGGAAGAUGAUCUCGAUGCGCCUGUGGUAACCAGGAGUAUCCCAUCCCCAAGCAAGCUCCAAAGAAAAGCCGACAUUAAGCCGAAUGGGCUCAACACCGUUGACCUGACCGAAAAUGAACAACAGAAGAAUGGGGAAUCGCAAAACAAAAGCAUGGCUCUUGGUUCUGCCACGUUCGAGCAGUCCAUUCCAGUACGUAGCGAACCUCCAACAGGUGGUGGAAUCCUAGGGUUACUAGACCGCAAGCAAAUGGAGGAAGAACGCAUAGCGAGGGCCAAGCAGAGGUUACAGCAAACGGAGGCCGGUGAUUCUACAAAACCUGAGCUGUCGAGGAAGAGAAAAGCAUCCGGAUCACCAGAAUCCUCUGUUCGGAAGGGAAGAGUACCAAUCGCCGAAGCCUUGCGAACUCCAUCUCUCGUCAAGGAACAAGAGCAGAUUAGCAAGGUAGCUGCAGUUCAUCCUUCAGCUUCCAGCAACACUUUAAGCUCUCAGAAAAACGCAGAAGCACACCAGCAUACCUCUCCAGACAAGAGUCACCAAACGAAACCAUUAGAUGCUUCGUCGCAUAGGGACAAAAAAACCAUUUCUAGCAUUCAGUAUCCCGAUGGCGUAGUGAAGAAGACAUGGGCAUAUGGGUAUCCUCGCAAGGGCAAUGAUAUCAAGAUAGAAGAAGUUCUCCAGAAAUCGGACCUCGAACUCGCUGUGCUGAGCGCUUUUCAGGUAGAUCCAGAAUGGGUGCAAACGAAACUAGAUGACAAGACCAAGGUCAUAUGGGUACUUCAAGCAAAAGAGGAAGCCGACAAAGAUAAUAUGCGUUCGGGUGCUCCGAGCAACUACAAGUUCUGCUUCCCCCCAAUGGACGGGAAUGUCAACUGUAUGCAUUCGAAACUGCAACUCUUGGCGCACCCCACACACCUACGCAUCGUCAUCCCCAGUGCGAAUCUUGUACCCUAUGACUGGGGAGAGACGGGUGUAAUGGAGAAUGUUUGCUUUUUGAUCGAUCUUCCCAGGCUUCCCAACGGCAAAGUAACCGAAGACAGCGAUCUUACUCUCUUUGGUACGGAGCUUAUAUACUUUCUGGAGAAAAUGGGCCUCGGUCAAGCAACGAUUAACAGCAUUAAAAAGUUCGAUUUCUCUCGCACCGCGCAUUUGGCAUUUGUUCAUUCAAUUGGAGGAUCCCACCGUGGAUCAGAUUGGAAACGCACUGGAUUCUGUGGUCUCGGUACUGCAGUUCGAAAACUUGGCCUUCAUACCGGGCAGGCCUUGAGUGCUGAUUUCCUGACCGCCUCACUUGGUAAUCUUAACAAUAGUUUUAUGAAGUCAAUGUUCUUAGCACUGCAAGGGGACGAUGGCAUGACGGAGUAUUCAUGGCGAUACAAUAAGCCUCCUCGAGGCCAAAUUAAUACCGAGUCGCUCACCGAACGUAAGCUUUUGGAAGACUUGAAACAAAAUUGUCGAGUCUAUUUCCCGGUCCGGGAGACCGUUGCAAGCAGCAGGGGCGGUGUACGGUCCGCAGGCACUAUCUGCUUUAAUGCGAAGUGGUAUAAUUCCGACGAAUUUCCACGAUCGCUUAUGCGCGAUUGCAAAAGUCUUAGGGAGGGUAUGUUGAUGCACAGCAAAAUGAUAUUCGUGCGACCGCAUGAAGCUCCACGUAGUGGGGUAGCUUGGGCGUACGUGGGCAGCGCAAAUUUGUCGGAAAGUGCUUGGGGGCGUCUAGUUAAAGACAAGUCGACUAAAGAGCCUAAGCUUAACUGCCGCAAUUGGGAAUGCGGUGUUAUUGUCCCUGUUCUUGCUGGUGAUAGUAAAGUGAAAAACAAGGAACAAGACCAAGGCCCGCCGGGGAUGGAGGUGUUCAAGGACCAUGUCCCGGUGCCGAUGGUUGCUCCGGGAGAGGAAUACGCCGGAAGGAGACCUUGGUAUCAUAAUGAACUGGAUCGCUGA